AAUUCCAAUCGGAAGAUGAGAAUCGGAUGCCAACGUCAGCCUCGUGUUUAAGCCUCUGGUGCUUAGUUUACUGUCCUGUUACAGCCUUUAGUUUUUCAGCUGUCUGGGUUUCAGGGAAACCCCUGCUGCUGAAAGAAAAUGAAACUGAAAGUAUCUGAAAACUAAACCACUGGUCCCGCUGCAGAGCAGGUCAUUUGAGGAUAAACUGGCUGCUAAAAUGGAAGACAAAACAGCACCCGUGUUCCGUAAAGUCGUUGCUUUGACUUCAGCAGUUUGCGUCGACCUUUCUUUAUUUUACGCGUCAGGAUUUGUAGCGACUCACGGCGUCUUUGGUGAUCUUUCACGUCUCUGGGUUUCUGCAGCUCUCCGUUGUUUGACUCUAACUGCUAUAACCCUGUUCACUCUUGGAGACCUCAAACCGGUGCUGAUCCGUUUUAUAACAGCGUACAGCGUGCUGCCCGCGGUGUUUGAGACCGGGACCAGGGUGGUCUACCAUGAGGAGAGCCAGUGCGGCUUGUUGGCGGAUAUGCGCUGCUGGCUGAUGUUCGCCGGAGCGUCGCUGGCUGCUGCGCUGUUUUGGGAACUCACUAUACCGGACGCCGACGAUGCGGCCGCCGGUAAAGAGAAGAAACAGAAGGCCAGAGUGCUGUUAAUGAGAGUCCUGCGGCUGUACAAACCUUACUAUUUAUUGUUGUGUGGAGGGUUUGUUUUCCUGUCGCUGGCUGUGAUCUGUGAGAUGUUCAUCCCGUUCUACACCGGGAGAGUCAUUGACAUUCUUGGCAGUCAUUACCAGCAGAGUGAAUUCCUAUCUGCACUCCUCUUCAUGGGCCUGCACUCUCUGGGAAGCUCUGUGAGUGCAGGCUGCAGAGGGGGUCUACUUACUUGUGCCAUCGGUGCCUUCACAUGCAGAGUGAAAGGCAAGCUGUUUGAGGCUUUGACCAAACAGGAAAUUGGAUUCUAUGAGACCAUAAAGACAGGUGAAAUCACAUCCAGGUUGUCUAAAGACACCAACCUGAUGGGAGACACAGUGUGCCUGAACGUCAACGUGCUGCUGAGGACAUUCAUCAAGACGCUGGGCAUGAUCUCUCUGAUGAUGAAUCUUUCAUGGAAGCUCACAUUCCUUGUGCUGAUGGAGGUGCCGAUCACCGGCCUCAUACAAAACAUUUAUGACACACACUAUCAGAGGUUGUCCCUGGCAUUGCAGGACUCAAUGGCUCUGGCAAAUGAAACAGCAAACGAGGUAGUAUCUGGUAUUCGUGUGGUACGGAGCUUUAACACAGAAAAACAUGAGGCCCGCCGCUAUGACAACCGUUUGAUGGACACACAUACCCUCAAGACCCGCCGUGGCACUGUAAGGGCUGUCUACCUGCUCGCACGGAGGUUGAUAGGUUUGGGCAUGCAGGUCUUCAUGUUGUACUACGGCAGGCUGUUCAUCCGCAGAGGACAAAUGACCACUGGCAACCUGGUUUCCUUCAUCCUCUAUCAGUCAGACCUUGGAAAGAACAUCAGGACUCUUACCUACAUCUUCGGCGACAUGCUGAACUCGGUGGGGGCUGCUGGGAAAGUGUUUGAGUACCUGGAUAGAGAGCCUCUGGUCAGCACAGAGGGAAAACUCACACCUGAUCAGCUGAAAGGACAUGUCAGCUUCCGCCAUCUUAACUUUGCCUACCCUGCAUACCCCAAAAAACCAGUUCUGAAGGACUUUUCUUUGGAGCUGAAGCCAGGUCAGAUGACGGCUCUGGUGGGUCCGUCUGGAGAAGGAAAAAGCACCUGUGUGAGUCUGCUGGAGCGAUUCUACGAGCCACAGGAUGGACAAAUCCUUUUGGACAAUGAGCCGCUAAAAUCCUAUGAACACCAUUUCCUCCACAAGAAGAUCGCAGUGGUGAGCCAGGAGCCUGUGCUCUUCUCCGGCUCCGUCAGACACAACAUCGCCUACGGGCUUGAUGACUGCUCACUGGAAGAGAUCCAGGAAGCAGCACGCAAAGCCAACGCCCACGACUUCAUCAAGCAGCUGGAGAAAGGCUAUGAUACGGAGGUGGGUGAGGGUGGCGGCCAGUUGUCCAAGAGUGAGCGGCAGCGGAUCGCCAUCGCUCGAGCCCUGGUCAGACAGCCACAGGUCCUCAUUCUGGAUGAAAUUACCAGCUCUCUGGAUGCUGAGUGUGAAAAUAAAGUUCAGCAGGCUCUGGCUAGCUGUCCCAACCAGACGCUGCUGGUGAUCGCUCACCGGCUGAAGACCAUUGAGAAGGCAGAUCAGAUUGUUGUGGUUGGUGACGGCAGAGUUCAGGAGCGAGGGACUCACCGGGAGCUGAUGGACAUGAAGGGGAGCUACUACAAACUGAGAGAGAAGCUCUUCACUGAGGGAGACUCGCCACAGUGAUAAACUACUGCCAUUGAGCUGAUGCUAUAGCUUGAUGUUACUGUGCUGCAUGUGUUUGACAGCAGUUAACUUGAUAUAAAUGUGUGAGAACGUGGUGGAGUUUAUGUAAAUAUUGAAUUAAGAUGGUUUUGUAUAAAUAGUGAAAAUUAAACAUAUGGUUUUUCAGAGAAUAUAUUCUUUAUUCUGUAUGUUGCCAAAAAAAAAGCACCUUUACAAAUGUGUAGCUAGUGUGUGACACAUUUAUUCUUAUUUAUCUUGCAGAAAUUUCAUUUGCAAUUUACAAUUAAUUGUUCAUGUUUAAUUGAAAAAUAAAAAUAUUAAAAUGUUUAAUUGUUCAUUCAUAAAAUACUGUUCAUGAGUGUUUUUUUUUUUUUUUUUACUAAUGCAUAGAAUACUAUGUCAACUAUGUGAUCAUUUUCAAUUUCAUGUCCUUGUAUUUGUUAAGAUGAAUAAAAGUUGGACAUGAAAGCACA